GAAAUGAACUGAUAGGUCACACCUCGUGUAUUAUCGUCAGUAUAUUUUGUUUAAUUCCUAUUUCUAGUGCUUUGAACACGUUGACGCAUAAUAGUAAUCGGAUUCAUUAAUAGCAUAUUUGAGUAACAAUGGAAAAAUCAAAACGUAAAAUUGUUGUAGGAUCUAGAGAUAGCAAGCUAGCUUUGAUACAAACCAACUUCGUCGUUGACAGACUUAAUGAAUUAUAUAAAGAUGUAGAAUUCGAAAUAAAAACGAUGAAAACAACUGGUGAUAAGAUACUAAACUUGGCUUUAUCUAAGAUAGGCCAAAAGAGUCUUUUUACUAAGGAGCUUGAAUUAGGUUUGGAUGAUAGAAGUAUUGAUAUGGUAGUCCACUCUCUAAAGGAUCUACCUACAACUCUACCAGAAAACAUGGUAAUUGGAGCGAUACUAAAGCGUGACGAUCCACGCGAUGCAGUUGUAAUGCAUCCAAAGCACUCAAAUCUCUUAUCUAUUGGAGACCUACCAGAUGGAAGUGUCAUUGGAACUAGUUCUCUGAGAAGAAUUUCUCAAUUGAAGCAGAAAUUCCCUAAACUACAAUUCAAGGAUAUCAGAGGAAAUUUAAAUACAAGACUUAGAAAAUUAGAUGAUGCAGAUGACUAUGAUGCUAUUGUAUUGGCACUUGCUGGUUUAGUAAGAAUGGGAUGGAAUAAAAGGGUUUCUCAGGUAUUAGAACCAAUUAUUUGCAUGUAUUCUGUUUCUCAAGGUGCCUUGGCUGUUGAAUGUCGACAAGAUGACGAUUAUACACUUGAUUUGCUUUUCCCCCUUAAUGACUAUCACACUUUGCUGAGAUGUAUUGCAGAAAGGUCUUUCUUAAAAAAAUUGGAAGGAGGUUGUAGCGCGCCAGUAGCUGUUCAUAGCCAAGUUAUCCAUGGAACGUAUAGUAAUAACACGGAAAAAGAAGACUCAGUCAGCCUAACAGGAGGUGUUUUCAGCUUGGAUGGGAAAGAUUGUCGUAUCCAUUCUGUAUUGAGCGGUAAUAUAAACUUGGAUUUACUGGAUGAACCAACAGGAAAAAGGUCAAGACAAACUGAAAUAUUUUCAUGCGCUCACUUGGGAAGAUUUGAAAAUAGAGAAAGAAUUACUUUUGAAAUUUGCGAAAAACUAGGCAAUUCUUUGGCUGUUAAAAUAUUAAAUGAAGGUGGUAAAAGUAUUCUUGAAGCGGCAAAAGCUCAAACAAAUCGGGAAAUCAACAAAGUAGAAAAAGCCGAAUAAAUUAAUUUAUUUAAAUGAUGUCCCUAACCAUAUCCAUCUUAAAAGCAUUAACAAAAAUAUACUAUUUGGAAUUUAAGAAAUCUUCGUAUCAAAUAUCAUUUUACGUGGUCUAUACUAGUUUUACUAGUUUAUAAUUAGUUCUAGGACAAGUUUAUACUGUAGUACGUAUCUUUCUUGGUGAACUUGGCGGAUGUAUAAUUGAAAAAGAGUUUAUCAGAAGGAGCACUAAGAUUCUAUUAAUUUUCCUAUUCUCUUGAAAGGUAAUUUUUCAUCUCAUUUCGAAUAAAUUACAGUAAAUCGAUUCUAAUUUAUACUUAUAUUUAAGCUAGCCGAUAUAUUUUUUAUCUUUUUUAAACAAAGAUGGCGCCAUAUGUAAACAUUAUUGCGACAACAGACACGUUUUAAGUUAUCCAGGCUUUUUUCAUCAGUUAAUUUCACUAUUUUUUAAAGGUAUAAGAUGCUUCAUUUUUUAAGUUGGAAGCUAUAAAUAAUUGAAAGUCUUAGUCUAAUCUCAUGCCAUUUAAAAGAUGCUUUCGUUGAGUACGACUAAAAAUUAAGAGAAAAAAGCCUGAUUAUAUAUUGACAAAUAGUUAAGCCGGUAUAACAUAACAUCCAUAUUGUUCAGUUUCUCCAAACCUUGACCUGAAAUAUAUUAAAUAAUAUAUACCAAUACAAAAUAUUUAGCUUCUUUCUUAGAAAAUAAGAUAAUAAGUCUAUACUUUAAUACGUCCAAGUAUCUAAUUUGGAGUUCAAUACUUCUUCCAAUAACUAGCAUACAGCAUCGUUAGUUUCACUUGUAAGCUGCUUUUCAUGUUUUUCUCAUAAGUAUUAGAUUAGGGAUUAAGUUUUUUUAAGAACCUCUGCAAACAAAAAUUUAGUCGAUAUUUCGAUAAUAACAGCAAUCCCUGCCUAUGAAUACCACUUUAACUUGCACAAAGCAUCCAAUGAUAAUCAAUGUUAUUUAAAAACACUUUAGCAACGUAUCAAUAACAAAUAUUGUUGAUUUUCAUAAAGUUUAUUGUUUUCAGAUUUGGCUUUUGUGAGAGUAGAAAUUCUAAAUCAUUAUAUGUACCAAAAAAGAAAGUACUUGUUGACAGAGAAUGCACCUUAACUUAGCUUGUCUAAAAUACUAUUGAGGGAAAGGCGACUGUUUAUCGUUUUUAGAAGAAAAGCCACCCAUUAAAGUACCUUUGAACAGGUAUUCAUAUUUUUCGACUGUAAAUCUAUCAACGAGGUUUAAAGCAAAACAUAUUUGCCAUAUCGAGUAGUUUUGUCUAUCUUAUAAGGAUAUGUUUUCACAAUCCACCUCUAAAGCCUUAUCAAUCGGCGUGCCAAAUU